GGCAAGCUAGAUCCUAUAUUUCUCUUUUCUCAAACAAAGCCCAAACAGGUGUUGCUCUAGUUGGGGAAUUGUGAGAAGAUCAGCUUUGUACGUACUGAUAUUUGGAUUUCCUUGGAAAGAUCAUCCGUUUUCUUCGUCAGUUUUUGCUUAAUUAUCAGCUCCUUCAACCGAUCCUUACAACAGGUAUAAUAUAGAAGCGUGAGAAAGUGAAACAGCAUUAAUAUCGUCGAUUUGAUAGGAUAUAUAUGCAUUUCUGAGAACAAGUUUAGAGCCGAGAAAUAUAUAUAUAUAUAUAUUUAUAUAAACAUAUAUAGACACCGCACAUAUGUAUAUAUAUAUAUAUGUACGUACAUUGGUCAACAUAUGAAUUCCAUUGUAUAAAGAGUCAACAUCUAUACUCUCUCGGGUUUCGACAGAUAAAAGGCAAUCAGCUGGGCAGUUGCAGAAAAUUAAGCUUCAAUGGAGAAGCUCCUUUUCAAACCGUACGACAAGGAAGACAUGAGGAUGGCCAUGCUUAAGCACGAGGAAACUUUCAAACAACAGGUAUAUGAACUUCACCGGUUAUAUCAAAUUCAGAAGAUAUUGAUGAAGAACAUGAAAUCACAAAGUAGUAGACGAGAGAGAGUAUCAGUACUGGAUCUAGAGCGACGACCAGCAGAAAACAUCAGAUCGGAGGAAUCGGACGGUAGUGAUGAGAUCAUAGACGAGAGCGAAAUUGAGCUUACUCUGGGUCCCACAACUUACAACAACAAAAACAACAACCGGCGAAUUAGGAAAACGGCGGAGGCGCCAAUGAACUCGGAUUCCGGUCCGAGCUUCUCUUCCUCUUCGACCGGGUCGAGCCAGAUGAAGCGGACGAUUAACUCUCGCGGCGAAACGACAAGAAGGGUAGAGCUAAACGGCGGGUGCCAACUUGGCAAUACGACGUCGUUGAACGGUGAUGUUGAAGAAGAGUUGAGGCUAAAACACCCUCCUUGGCUUUUCCAAGUUUUGAGCUUGAACAUGACUUGAGAUGUG